CCCCUCUUCAUCCGCCAUAUUUACCUACUACCCCUCCAACCCCAACUCCAACUUUCCUCCAAACCCAAACUCCAUCAACACUACCCACCAAACAAACCCACACAGCCAAAAUGUCCGUCCCCAACUUCUCCGCCGCCCUCGACGCCUCCAUCAAGAAGGAGAAGUUCACCCCCGAGGUCCAGGCCGCCGCUGCCAAGGUCGACAGCUCCGCCUUCUUCGCCGCCAUCGAGACCGUCCUGGGUGGUGAUGACACCGCCUCCGUUGAUGGCGAGCUGGCUGUUGCCCUGAAGAACGCUUUCGAGUUCGCUGUUGCUGUCGUUAAGAUGCUGAACUCGGAGCCUGGUAAUGAGGAUAAGUUGGCGCUCUACAAGUACUUCAAGCGCGCCAACAACCAGACUCCUGCUUCUCCUGGCAUGUUCGAUAUCCAGGGCAAGUACAAGUACAACGCAUGGAAGGAAAUCAAGGAUAUCAGCGAGGCCAAGGCCCAGGCCGAGUACAUCAAGCAGGUUGACACCCUGAUUGGAACGAUCGGAACGAGGGAGUAG